AUGCCUGUUUUUAUGAUGGGUGCUGAAGAUAUGACUUGCCCUAUCUGUCAUAAAACUGUUCCCUCAGAUGAGGCUGAUGUGCAUCUUGUAAUGUGCCUUACUAGACCGAAAAUUACUUAUAACGACGAUGUUCUCACCGAAGAUAAGGGCGAAUGUUCAAUUUGCCUUGAAGAAAUGCUUACUGGAGCCGUGAUUGCUCGCUUGCCUUGCCUUUGCAUAUAUCAUAAACAAUGUAUCGAUGAUUGGUUUAAAAGAAAGAAUUGUUGCCCAGAGCAUCCCGGCGAUGAUUGA